AGCCUUGAAAAGCAGCAUUACAUAGAAAUUACCGCCAGUCCAUGUUGAUGUUUGUAUUUCACAUGUGCAUUAGUCCUAAUCUCAUGUGCUCACCUCAGUGAAGAUUUCCACAGCAAGAACAAGCUUAUCUUGCUCACCAGCGGAUGUUCGCAGGAUUCCGACUCUAUGUGAAACGUCAGGAAGAAUGUUUACUGUUUUACUAACUACCAGAAGUUGGAGAUAACAUUUUCUUUAUUUGAUUGGCAGUAAACAAGAUGUAAAUAUAACAUUUUGGUGCCAUGGUUUGGAUUUUUAGCUUCUUUCACCCAACGGGCUAAUAUUGAAAUCGAUUUAUUCGUUCUUAGACCGAGGUGUCAACUUGAAGAACAAAAUGACAAGCAUUUGUCUUAAUGACCUGCAGCGAACUGAACUCUUAACUCCGACAACAAGUCGCUUCCUUGGUAAAGAAUUGAUUUUCAUAAGGAGUCGCUGAGGCAGACAACAGUAUUUUUGGGAGAAUACAAUGAGCACGCUAUAUCGCGCCUUGGACGCCACAUCUUUUCGCCCAGUCCAAGAUCCCCCAGUAUAUUAAACCUAUGUGUUAUUGUGUGGAACAAAUGUUGUAAUGAGCUUUACAGUGCUAUUAAACCCUGAAGAGACUGGCGUGCGGCACACUGCAGUGCUGAAAUGAACUGCAGUUUUCUUCAGAGAACUGCUCCAGCCUGUAAAAUAUUAAAUUUGUCCGUUUAGCUUCGGGAUGUACUUGCACCAUAUAAAUUGGAACGUCUUUCAUCUCUGCUCUUCUCCUGACGUUGCGGAAAGUUAGUGAGAUCACGGAGUUUGUUGAGAUGUCACUCGGUUCAGAUAUGCAGAACAAUUUAAUAACCGGAAGUCUAACAAUUUAUUGUAAGUGAUAAGAUAAAAAUCGCCUUUCCAAUUUUGAACGCGAAAGUAAAACAAAAUCCUGCGAAAUUUUGGGGCUCUUCCUAUCUCUCACACUAUAUAAAUGGAAAACAGAUUCAGACAUGUGGGAUCAAGGCGUGUAAAAGAAGAGUGUAGAACCCGCUGGUUAUGGAUUUAAGUAGACUUUUGCUCCUCUUAGUAUGCCUUGUACAGACCAGGCUUGCAAAGAUGAUACCGUUACGCCCUCUGUGUGACAGUCGCGUAAUGGACAGAUACAUCAGAGAAGCUAAGGAUCUGCUGAAUGCACCGUGUAACAAGAUAUUUCAAUUUCCUAAUGCAAUUCCUCUUCCAAAUACUGGUCUAAAUCUGCGAACAUGGAGGUCCAAAAGUAAACGUAUGAAAAAUGAAGAAAUUAAGGCAGGCCUUAUUAUGCUCUCUAAUGCAACACAGACGGCAAAACAUUUUAUCACUAAUAAUUCCACAGUACCACUCUUAGAUAAGAUUUACAGGAAUACUAGGACCUUUAUUCACAUCCUACAACUGAUGAAUGUGCCGGACACAUCAAACCAGUUGCAUGGACGUACAAAGCCAUUUAUGGGAAGAACUAUCCAGAACGUAUUAUACACAUACACUCGCUUGAUGCACGGAAAAAUUAACAUCUUUUACCGAGAAAUGGCAGAAGAAUAUUGUAAGCAAAGGAAGAGGUGACAAUGGCCAGAUUCAUGCAUGUGGGUGCACUUUGUGGAGCUCAGCACUGAAAUUUUGAACUGUCGUGUGCAAUGCAAGAAAAAGAAAAUGCAAGUUCUAUGUUUAGGACAAGUUACCAAAUCCAGUUCCUGUUUGUUGCAGUGCCAGCAAAUUCCGAGAUAUCAUUCGGAUGCAAGAGGACAUGGCUACAGUUCAAGUUAUAGAAACUAUGCUACCCAUGACUGGCUACAAAUCAACUUACAUUGGCAGUUUUCCAUUCAUUUUGACAGUUUUUAGCCCCAGUGAUUUUGUUAUAGUUUAAUGCUUUGUAUAACCGAAACAACAUAAGUGAACUUUCUUCAACCUUGACCAAAAAAAGACUAUUGCAAUUUAUCAUUCAGAAUAAUCCUUUUUUUAUUGAGUCAGCUCUAUCAAUAUAUUAUAGAUGACAUAUUAUUAAUGAUUGGUAGGAAGAACCAAUCCUUCCUGCAUACAAUUUAUUAGUAUUAUGAUAUUUGCCAAGUACUGCAGUAGAAUCACAUGUACAUCCUACAAACUGAGAAGGCAAAUAGACUUUCAAACUGGUUAUAUUCAAUUAAUAGGCAUAAAGUGGGCAGAACUGAUUAAAAAAUGGAUGGAAAUCCGUCACAUCUGAUUUCUGUAUAUUUAGCCCCCAUCCAAUUUUUCAGUCAGGUUUUGUACUGACACCAGAUGUGCCUGCCAGUUUACAGUUCAUUUUUAAAUUAAUGUCAUUUAGAUGUCAUUUAGACGUCCUCGCAAUUUACAGUUGUAGUGCUCAAUCAAUUACCACCUCAGAUAAAAUAGUUGACUGUGACUUCCAGGGGUGUGCUGUUUAUAGAAGUACAUUUAAAGAGUCCUAGACUAAGAUUUCUAACAAUAUUUUGAGGAUAUUUAUGAUUUUUUUCUCUUGUUUCUUUUCUUUUUCAACCAAGGUUUGUGCCAUGUGUUCUGCAUAGGCAUUGUUCUGGUACAAGCACGAUAGUGGGCUUGUCUUUACUUAUAUUUUUGAAGAAAGAAAAAGAGCAAUGGAGGGAUCUAGAUAGGUCAGGCACCUGAGCAGACUGCACUCACUAUUGGCUUCCUUCUAAACUACCUUUAUGGGUAGAAGCCCACUAUCUGGCAAUGACCAUUUAGAACUGGCUAUAGAGCUUUUAGAUCAGGAGACACCAGAUGCAGAGGUGUACAACCUGUUACAAGCACACCUGUUGGCAAUGCCAGCAAGCAGCAGGAUCUUUUUCACUGCCUUCCACUGCCAUCCUAGGGGGAGGAUGGCCUGGACUGGCAAGUAAGAGCCUCUUUCUUGCUGCCAACUCAUUCUGCGCCACCUCCACUUAACAAGUCACUAAAUGGGGGGUUGGAGUGUUGCACCAAUCCACCAAGACGGAUUUGGUUUCACGCCUCUACAUUUAUUGUGUCUGCCAUUACAUUUGCCAGGUAUAUUUGUUACCUAAACCGUCUGUACAAAGGCACAUGCCUUUAUCAAAAAUAUUAGCAGUCUUUGUUAAAGACAACCAAUAUUCUGUAGACACAUCUUUAAGCAGCCGCAUCCCUUUAAAUUCAUUCACCAUUAUUAAGGAGUCUCUUAAUGUCAUUUUGUGUUCUCUCAUCCCUCAGUAUUCAUCCAGUCCCAGAUCCAAAAUCGGCUGCAAGAUCAACCACACCACAUGAAAAGAAGCAGAUAGCACAGAAUUAGAUGUAUUACCAAUUAAUGACAAAUCAGAAGCUGGAUCAAAAACUGGGUUGGUGGACAGGUUGCUAAGAUCACCCAGGAGACUUAUCUGCUAAUGUUCCACUCCUUUCCUGCUCAAUUCAAUUUUAACCUGCUCUUCUGAGCAGGUAGAAAGAAUAUACUGGAAACCAGCUGAGUCCUUCUUUAAAUAUGCAGAUCAGGCUUUGGUGAUGUCUUUGGACAUCAACUGCUAUUUUAACCCAUGGCUUGAGCAAGGAAGGCAUAUAAGGUAAAAUCAGCAGGAAGAGGUAUCAGAACCAGGAGAAGCUCAAAGAAGUCAUUUUCUAAAAAAAAUGUUUGUUUAUUGUGGAGGACCUGAAGGAGAAGGAGUGUUCCUCCAAUCUCCACAAGGGAAGUUUUGUCAUCUCCUGCCUGUGGCUUUUCUCAAUCCAUGACUUAUCUGACUGCCAGGGACUGUUCCUUAAGUCUCCAGCCGUAGCCUUUUGCCUCUUGGCAUUACCCAGCCCACUGGCCAACUGUUGCUUCCUGCAGUUUUGGACAAGCAGCAUGCAAAUGAGCCCCAGAAGUUAAAAUCAUCUAAUAUUGCCAAGGCCAGGAUGGUUUUCUGCUCACCUUGACCCCCACCCUAAGUUAAAAUUGAGGCUAUAUUAUCUCAGUCUCCUGGUGAGAAGAGAUAAAGUUACACCCCGGCAGAAACAGAAGUCUCUAAAAGCGAAUACAUGUUAUGCUCAGCUCUUUAAUGUUUCUUUUGCAUAGUUGUUUUAAAGGUUCAAUUUAAGAAAUAAGACUGUGGUUUUAAAAAUAGGGCCCUGUGUUUCUGAACAAACCAAAUUUGUUCUAUAAUAGGCACCAUUGUUUUGGAAGAAAAAAUAAGCUGAGCCCAACUGUUCACCCAGUAUUAAUAAUACUGAUUGGGUGUUGUAGUACUUGCCUUAUUCAGGUAUGGUUAUCCUUAUGGGAUCAAAGCAGUGAGAUCUAACAUUUCUGUGAACUUACAGUUCAUUUGCUGUAUCUGAUUAGAAAAUAAUCUUCCACUGAAGUGAGCAGCUUUUUGUAGAGUAAGAUCUCCAAUGUAAAGAAAAUUACUGUUGAAACUCAGUUUCUGCCUGCCCUUAUGGAAAGUGCAAUUAAGUCGCAGCCAUUUCAAUUCACAUAUUUUCUUAAAACCAUGUGGGAAUUUUUGUUUGAUUGUCAUGCCUUUGAGGUACAAAUGUUCCUUUUGCACUAUAAGUACUUUAAGGGUGAAAACUGAGUCAUGAACAAUAAAAAUUACUUCAAGCUCACAGCAGUGAAAAGUAAGCUAUUAAUUAAAUGAAAUUAGUUUUCUUGUGAUAUACAUUUCUUUGUUAAAGGUCGUUAAAUAAAAUUAUAAGAAAAUGUG